GAUAAAGCUGGGGCAGCCAGAAGCAAAAUGGAAACCGAACCUGUCUGCCCUUCCCUGUCUUGCCUACUACCCCUCCCCUCUUCAUUAAGACAAGGCCAUCCCCUUCUUCCUCCAUCUCCCCCUCUUCAUCCCCAUCCCCAUCCCCAUCUCCCCUCCCCUGCGCAUUUCCAUUUCCAUUUCCAUCUUCAAUUUUCAAUUAAGGUGAAGCUGUUAGGAAGCAAAGCCUCGUCUCCCCUGUCUGUUGUUGCCCAACAUGUGAACCAAGCAUGCUUCACCACUGAGGCAAGGCAGUGUAGGGGUGGCAAUGGUAGCAGUAGCAGUAAUUGACCACCACUGGAGUAGAAAAGAGUCUCCUUUCAGUUCCCAGCCAACUGAGGAGGAGUACCACCAGUACUAGUAACUCGGUAGGAUACACACUCUCCGGUCCGCACUUACUACUCAGCCUCAGCUAGUGGAGUGGAAGAGUACUCCUGUCGCCAUGCAGUCCGGCUACGGCGGUGUCUCCGAGUUCCAGCAAUUCAUCAUGGACGGCGCCUUCUCCAUGUCCGCGCCGCCGCCGCCGCCGCCGCAGCAGCAGCAGCAGCAGCCCCAGCCUGCUCCCGCCGGGGUUCAGGAGCUGGGCGGGCCCUUCAGGUACCAGCCGCUGCACCACCACGCCCUGCCACCGCAGCACCACCACCACGCGCCGCACCCGCACAUGCCGCCGCACUUCGCGCACUUCGGAGCCGGGCCGCCGGCCGCCGGAGGGAUACCCUUCACGCAACAGCUACUGCACCAGGCGGCCGCCGCAGGGCACCACCUCCAGCUCUUCCACGAGCAGCAGCACCACCACCAGCACCAGCACCACAAGCCCCAGCCAGCGCCGCCGCAGCACCACCCGCACCCGGCGCCGGCGAGGUGGACUCCGCAGCAGCACCACCAGCCCCACCCGCACCACCACCAUCUCGGCUUCGACGUAGAGGCCACCGUGCCGGAGAGUUCCGGGCCCGGCGGUGGGAGCGCGGCCUCGGGCGGCGCCGCCCCGCCCGGUGUCCCCCCGUUCUUGGCCGCCGCCAUGAACUUCAAGCUGGCCGUCGACGCCGGUGGCGGCAGCGGCGCCACAGGGGGCACGGACGACGCCCUCAACGACGGAGGUGGCGGGGGCAGCGGCAUGAUGCUUCACGUCGGUGGCGGCGACGACGAGGCGGCCACCGAGAGCCGACUCCGGCGGUGGCCAGGCGAUGAGGAGACCUCCAUCAAAGAACCCACCUGGCGGCCGCUCGACAUCGAUUACUUACACAGCAGCACAAGCAGCAGCAAGAGGGCAGGGAAGGAGAAGGUGGCCACGCCGGAGUCCCCCGCGCCGGCUGCCGCGGCCAAUUACUUCAAGAAAGGCGACGACAAUGCUUCAGCCGCUGCAGCGUCGGCGUCCGCGGGCGGCGGCAACUACAAGCUGUUCAGCGAGCUGGAGGCCAUCUACAAGCCCGGGAGCGGUGGCGCGGGCGGCGCUCAGACGGGCUCUGGCUCCGGCCUCACGGGCGACGAUAAUGCCAUUCUGGAGCCGGCCAUGACCGACCUCCCCGGCGCGGCGGCCGCGGACGCACCGCAGCUCAACACGUCGGAAACGUCGGCCGGGGAGGACGCCGCGGCGGUGGUGCAGCAGCAACCGCAGCCGUCGGCGGACGCGGCGCGGCGCAAGCGGAAGCGGCGGCGGCAGGAGCAGCUGAGCGCGUCUGCGUCCUUCUUCGAGCGGCUGGUGCAGCGGCUGAUGGAGCACCAGGAGAGCCUUCACCACCAGUUCCUGGACGCCAUGGAGCGCCGCGAGCGGGAGCGCGCCGCGCGCGACGAGGCGUGGCGCCUGCAGGAGGCCGAGAAGUUCGCCCGCGAGGCCGCCGCGCGCGCGCAGGACCGCGCCAGCGCCGCCGCCCGCGAGGCCGCCAUCAUCGCCUACCUCGAGAAGAUCUCCGGCGAGUCCAUCACCCUCCCGCCGCCCGCCGACGACAUCAACCAGGACGCCGCAGCCAGCGUCGGCAAGGAGCUUAUGCCCUACGAUGGCGGUGACACGGCGCCCGGCAGCGGCAGCGCGGGCGCGCUGCACUUCAGCACGUCGCGGUGGCCGAAGCACGAGGUGGAGGCGCUGAUCCGGGUGCGCACGGGGCUGGAUGGGCGGUUCCAGGAGCCCGGGCUGAAGGGCCCGCUGUGGGAGGAGGUGAGCACGCGCAUGGCGGCAGCGGGGUACGGGCGCAGCGCGAAGCGGUGCAAGGAGAAAUGGGAGAACAUCAACAAGUACUUCCGCAAGGCCAAGGAGAGCGGCAAGAAGCGGCCGGCGCAGGCCAAGACGUGCCCCUACUUCGACGAGCUCGACCGCCUCUACUCCCGGUCUGGUUCUGGUGGCGCGCAGUCGUCCGCGGCCGGCAACACUAAUGCCGGCACGGGGGAGGACGCCAAGGCGAGCUCUGAGCUGCUGGACGCGGUGGUCAAGUACCCCGACGUGCACUACGGCCCACCUGGGUUCGUGUUCGACAGGGAGCAAAGUGAGGCCUGCGGCGGUGGCAAUGAAGGCCGGGAUCACGAUGCUGCCGACGAUGGCAACGGCGCGGCACACGACGAUGAGGAGGAUGGCAUUAUUGGCAGAGGGAGAGCGAGCGAUGAUCCGGAGGACGAGGUGGAGAGCCAUGGCCACGAUGAUCACUAGGUAGCAAUGCAAGCUAUAACUCGAUCGAUCUCUAACUUGGAAUAGCUGCUGCAUGCAUGCGAUGAGAUGCGAGCUUACAAGUUGAACGAGUACUCUUUAUCUUCUCCUUUUGUUGCUUAAUGAUCUAGCUGUUUGUUCUUGUUAGAUAUAUAUUACUCCACGUUUCUUUA